GUUUGGUUUGGUUUGGUUUAGUUGAAUUGAAUUGAUUCCAAACUAUAAUCUCAGUCUUCUCCUCUAUCAAUCUAUUUAUCUAUCUAUAUCUGUCACUGUUCUUCUUUCUUCUUAUAUAUUAUUAAUGUUUUCGUUUAACUCACGACUCUUCUCUCUCUCUCUCUCUCUUUCCUAUGUGACAUGGUUUUUCACUGUCUUUUCACACCAAAACGUUGUUUUUCUCACCUGGGUUUUGCUCCUUUAUGUCUCCCUUUUUGAUAUAUAUACAAUUUUUCUACAACCACACGGUUAUUUGAAACCUUCAACAGUUUCACUCUCUCUAUCUCAUUUUCUUCUUCUUCUUUCGCUUCAAUUUCCAUCUGGGUUUCUGGUUUUCUCUUCCUUUUAUACCUCUUUGAUUCAAUUUCCAUCUUGGGUUUUUGUUUGGUCUUCUAAGUUUUCUAUCCAAAUUCAGCCUUAUCUUAUAAAAGUUAAAGAAAAGAUAGCAUUUUUACAAGUAGUGAUUGAGAAUUAAAAGUGGGUUUUUUAUUAGAGCUCAAAAUAUGAAGUGCUUUUAUCUCUUUAAAGAUAAAUCCAAGUGCAGAAGAAAGGCAGAAUCAGCUCCUGAGUUAAGGGACCAAAACAAGUCAAGCAAUAAUAAUAAUAAUAAUCCAGCUUUAGAUCGUUUAACCAAAUCUUCUGGCUCAUUACCAUCACCAAAAAGCAUACCAGAACUUUACAAAGAAAAAGAGCAAGAAUUGAGAGCUUUUACUUUCCAAGAGCUAAGGGAAGCAACUAAUGGUUUCAAUAGGAUGUUAAAGAUUGGAGAAGGAGGUUUUGGGUCUGUGUAUAAAGGGACUAUUAAGCCUCUUAAUGGUCAGGGUAAUCCUACUGUGGUUGCCAUAAAGAAGUUAAAUCAACAUAGUUUACAGGGUCAUAAACAAUGGCUUGCAGAAGUUCAAUUCCUCGGUGUUCUCAGUCAUCCACACCUUGUAAAACUCAUAGGAUAUUGCUCUGCAGACGGGGAAAGAGGGAUUCAACGGCUAUUGGUUUAUGAAUACAUGCCUAAUAGAAGUUUGGAAGAUCAUCUUUUCAACCGAGCAUUUCCUGUUCUUCCAUGGAUUAAAAGAUUGGAGAUUAUCCUUGGUGCUGCUGAAGGCUUGGCUUAUUUGCACGACGGAGUGGAAGUUAAGGUAAUAUACAGAGAUUUUAAAUCCUCAAAUGUACUAUUGGACGAGAACUUUCAGCCAAAGCUCUCUGAUUUCGGGCUUGCCAGAGAAGGGCCAACCGGUGACCGGACUCAUGUAUCUACAGCAGUGGUUGGAACAUAUGGAUAUGCAGCACCAGAGUACGUUGAGACUGGCCAUCUCACCGUCCAGAGUGACAUAUGGACUUUCGGUGUUGUCCUCUACGAGAUCCUCACUGGAAGGCGAGUUUUGGAAAGAAACCGUCCUUCAGGAGAGCAGAAACUUUUAGAUUGGGUGAAACAAUAUCCAGCUGACAAGAACAGGUUUAGUAUGAUUAUCGACCCUCGUUUGAGAGGAGAUUUUGCACCAAAUGCCGCGAAGAAAAUCGCCAAGUUGGCAGAUUGCUGCUUGCUGAAGAAUGCAAAAGAAAGGCCAACAAUGAGUCAAGUUGUGGAGAGGUUGAAACAAGCUAUACAAGAAUCACAAGCCUCAUCAUCAAGUUCAUCUGCAAAUGGUACCUCUUCUUCACAUAAAUCUAAUUUAGUGAAGGGAAAAUCCAAAUAGAGUUGGGUAACAUAUAUAUAAUAUUUAUAUCUAUUUUUUUUUUACCUUAUUCUCAAAGAGGCCAAUGAGAAAUUGAUUAUUUGUUCUUGAUUCUGAGUGAGAUCUCUUAUAGUUCUCCAAAGUUAUUUAUGAAGAGGCUUUUAUUUUUUUUUUCCCUCUAAUAUACAGAAAUAAAUAUAGGUAAUUUUUUUUAGGUGUAGUCCAUGUAUGUGUCUGUAAAUACAUGUUGUUACUUGUUAAGUAAUUUCUUUAAUUAUGUGUUUGUGGAUAA